AUGACAUCUUCAUCAAUGUCAGUAUUUACCUUAAGUUAUCUUGGACAUUCUACUAUUCAAAAAUCUAAUGAUUGUGAACUGGAAACAAUCUAUGAAUUAUUGAUUGAUUAUUAUUUGAAAUUUCUUCGACAAAUAUCGUCUUCAAAACUGACUGCAUCACCUGUAUCACCAAAUAAUUACAAACCUGUUUUAUCUUAUAAAACAGUAAUGACAGAAAAUUAUGACAGUGUAAUAUUAGCCAUUGGAAAUGGUCAUAUUCUUAUCAAAUCAUUAGAUUGCAAAGGAAAUAAAAAGAAGGAUGACAAAUCGAAAAAUUCAUCAGUAUUAUCGUCGUUAUCAUCACAAAUGGAUGAAGAUUUUUCGGCGUAUCAAUUGAUCUAUUUUAACUGUUAUUACUUUGAAGUCGUAACACCUGUUGGGAGUAAUAUUAGUCAUAAUAGUGCUCACACUGCGGAAAACAUACAAACCGGUUUAAAUGUUUUACGUUGCUUUUCGGAAUUGAGAAAAUCAUCUCCAGAGACAAACAUUUUACCAAGAAUAUUGUGUAAAUGUGAUGCUUUAAAACCGAUUCAUUAUCAAUCAAAAAAGCUGAAUGAUAAAUUAAAUACAAAUAAGUACGAGAAUUCUCAAGCGAACUAUUUAAAUGUCACGGACCAGAAACAUUGCGAAUGUUGUCAACAUAAUCUAAAGUGUAAAGAAUCUCCUUUAUUAUCAGAGAGAGCAACCAGAUCACAUAUUGACCUGUUACAACGAUUAAAUUAUUCAUCUACAUCAGAACCGUCUAUGAAUGCUGUGUGUCCACAAUGCAAUUUAAAAUAUUAUCCAGUUCAUUCUAAUCUAUGUGAAAAGCACCGAUCCAAGGUAAUCCAAAUGAAGCUUGGUAUUGAAGCAAUGGAUUACUACUAUAAUAACCAUUCACAAUAUCAACAAAAACGUAUCACUAAUUCCGAAAUUUCGAAACCAAAUAAUCGUAGAAGAGAUUAUUCAGUUCCAACACAACUAGAGCAUCGAGUGAGUCAUACACAUAUUGAUCCAUACGGUCAAGAAUGCCCACUCUGUCAGGUUAAUGUCAACAGUGAUUUUAGCACAUCUGAACAUACUGAAAGACCGUGUUGUCGAUAUAAAAUUAACGAGCGUACAAGAUCAAGUAAUAGACCUCGUCAGUCUUGUUCAGCAUCACGUUAUUUUAUCUCAAAAUCAAGAGAUAAUCCAAAAUACUGUCAUGCUCAUUUAGGUGGAUCGUUAGAAUUGUUGCCUUAA